AUGUCGGAACAGACUAUCCUUUCAGAGAAGCAACAAUUAGCACAACAGCUCGAAAAGGAACAACCUCAGAACAACGACCUAGAGAGUCAGAGUCCAGCAUCACCACCACCAGCACGACCAGUCUUCCUACUAUUGUGGACGCUGUUCGUCCUGGGCACAGUCGCCACGAUAGUCUCUUCGAAUUGGAGCAAGCCAGAAUGCCUGAACAAGGCCCAGCACAUACUACACAAGUCGACAAGCUCAGUUGCAACAAGCACAUCAUUACCAACCUCGGCACCAACAAGUACAUGCGACAACCUCACACUCCGCCGUGAAUGGCGAAGCAUGAAACCCCUGGAGCAAUCACGCUACAGAAGCGCUGUACGCUGCCUUCUCGACCUUCCCUCCAAGAACGACAACACCGGCAGCAGACUCGGUGACUUUUUGUCUGCCUACAGUAUAUCUGGUUGGCACGCGACACAAACCUCAGACUACCUCCCUUGGAACCGCUUCUCCAUGCAUACACUCGAGACGGCUUUGCGCAACGAGUGCGCGUACAGGGGAGACAUGCCUUACCUCGACUGGACUGUUGCCGCUGCUUACUCCGAGUCUCUCGGAGAAGCCGCAUCGGCCGUGACAUCCUCACCUCAAGCCGCCAUCCGCGACGAAGUCGCGAAACAACAUCUUGACGCCUCGCUCGUGUCUGAGAUUAUGGCUGCUAGCACUUACGACGACUUUGCACACGUCCUCGAAGCUCGUAUUACCUCCUUGGCACCCUUUGACUUUUCAAGCCCUGAGCUGCCUCNNAUGGUAAAUCCCCUGUUCUUGCACCAGUUGCAAGUGGAUCGUCUGUGGUGGUUGUGGCAACAACAACACCCCAAGGUGGAGAUGCUGGUUGAGGAUGAACGCGUCAGGAUGCAUGGAUUUGGCAGAUCUAUCGCUGUCAAGAGUGUCGCCUCGACAGAGGGUUAUGACCUUUGCUAUAGAUAUGUAUAA